GUUCAUAAGCUGCAGAGCAGGGCAUUGCUUGGGGACCAGAACCACGUGUCUGGGAGAAUGUCUAGUCUGCCGGUUAUGGGGAAGACUCAGCGAUCAGGUUUAGGUCUGCUACUCCAGGCCAGUGCUUUGCUGUUGGCUAUGCCCAGUGGUGUCAAGCCACAAGGCGAGUUUUGCCACAGCUGGAUUGACAGUGCCCAGUUAUGGCACGAGGGCUUCCAGUGCCCAGGGGGAUAUGAUAAGUCCACUGAUGUAUACUGCUGUGGGACCUGUUCUUUCCGCUACUGCUGUGCCACUCUCAAGACCCGGAUGGAUCAGGGACUGUGUCCAGAGGAUGUGCCCUGGCACUCAAAAGAGGCUAUGCUUCCAGCUCCAGAAGGAUCCAUCUACCUGCCCUUAGUUAUUGUGGGCAGCACCUUUGUCACUUUCAUACUAUUGGGAAUCCUUGCUGGUAUUGCUUGCUACUGGUGUCGUCGGCCUCAGAGAAGGGAUGAACUCUACACAGCACCUCAAAAUCCUGAACCUACUGUGCCAACCUCUAAUCCCAUCUCUGGAAGAAAUGCCUCACAAGGCUCACCACUCCACAUCAAACCUGAUGCCGACCCAGUCCCACCUUUCAGCACCCAGGAAUAUUCACAGUGCACCAUUGUUACCAUCCCCCCAUCAGUCACUAGGCGUCUUCCCUGGCCCCUGUUUGGACUUCCCUGUAUAACAUCCCUAAUUCCCAGUACAACUGUUUUUUUGCCCCCUGCCCCUCAGUUAGCUGGAAAAGCUUCAUAUAGACCAGCUUCUGGUUUAAAUCCCCCAGGCACCCUGAUUUAGGACCUACCUCUUACUGUGUCCUGAAGCUCAUUGUUGAGGGAAGAACCAAACAAAUGGGAAAACAAAGCUCAAACCAAGCCCCAGUUGAUUUUCUGUUUUACAAGAAAAAAGAAUUCCCUUCCAGAUA